AUGGGGGAGGAACAGCAGCGUAACUUGAAAUAUCUUGUGCACACAAUGCUAUUUAUGCUGAGUCGGCAGGAGUUUCAUGUGCAUCAGAUCAGCUCUGAGAAGCAGCGACUUAUCAAGUCGAUUCACAAAUCUGCACCUGAUGAUCGCAAAAUCGAGCACAUGAAGCUCAUUCGGGAGUAUCAGCUCCUUCUGGCAGAAAGUUCAUGGUAUCUAACGAAGCAGCAGGCGAAGUUAAAGAAGUAUCUAAGAAAGCAUCCCCAUCUCAAGGGACUGGAAAUUUACCAGCAAGCAGGUAAUGUGCUUAAGGAAAUGCACACCCUGACCAAGUAA